CAGUGACCUUGUUUAGCCAGGAAAUUUGUUCAUUUUUGGAGUCAUGAAGUGCUCGAGUAGUGAUAGUGAGUGCAAAGACCAUGACAGACAAGAAAUAAAUACAGAACAUCUGGAAAAAUUUACGAAAAUGGUGCAAAAUGCAUCAAUAUUGGCAAACAGGUUAUCAUCUAGUGAACUUGUGUCAGCAUUCCAGGUUUCAUUUCAUCUGAUGGAGAAAAUUAGUUAUGUAAUACUCAACAUGUGUACAUCUUCAAAAAAUGGAACUGAGAAAUUCACAGGCUUCCAAACGCCUUGGAAGUAUCCGUCUUAUCUACAUUGCAUGAUAAACAAUGAUUCGCCGAUUGGCUUUUUCUCGAAAACACAAUCCCUUAGUGAAAAUGAUGAUUUCGAAGUAACCGACCAACAAGAAUCACAACUUAAAGUGGUCGUUGAAGAAGAAGAAGAUGAAGGAGACACGGACGAAAAUCUAUGUGACUCUGGCAUCGCUUCAAAUCGUGAUGGAAAUCUUAGAACAGAAUCCACCAAUUCUAAUUCUUCUUGUCAAAAACUUAGUCCAAUGAAUGAAAACCAUUAUUCAAACAACUAUUCAAAUAAAUGUCUUUCUUCUCCGAUUACAAAUACAUCCAGUGUAAUUGAUGUUGAUGAGAAUUAUUCAAUGAUUGUUGAUAAAUGUGAUAAUGUCGAUGAAGAAGAAGAACCAGAAGUAUCUAGAACAACACCAACAUCUGAAAUAAUCGAUAAUAAUGACAUUAAACAGAUAAAUAUGGCGGUAAAUAACUCUAAAAUUUACUUAAAAAAUCGAAAUUCAACAACAACAACAACAAUUCGAAAAGCUACAACUACAAAUCAUGAUAAACAAUUUGAUGAUGAACAUGUAUCGUCUUUGGAUAUUUCAGAUCAACAUAAUAAUAAUAAUAACAAUGGUGAUAAUAACGAUCAUAACAAUUCUGCAGAACUGUAUGAUUCUCAAACCACCACCACCACCACAACAACAACAACAACCACGAAUAGAUUUCAUGUUGAUUCAAAACGUUGGCGUUUAACUAGUGCUGAUAAAUUAAAUACACUAAUUGAUGAAUGUGAACGUCAAAUCAAUGGCAGAAAAUUAUAUGUUUGUAAAUUUUGUGGAAAAAUUUAUGAAAUUAAAAGUAGUAUGCGUUAUCAUAUGAAAAUUAUUCAUUUACAAAUGCAUUUACGCACGACAGAAAUGCAAUGUCGUAUAUGCGGUAAACAAUUCACCUGUGUUAGUGCUGUUAAUCGUCAUCAAUCAAAGUGCAUUUUAUCGACAAAUAGUACCAACAAUAAUAAUAAUAGUAAUAAUAAUAAUGAUUCAAGAAUACACAACAACACUGUUUCAUCUAAUCAUUCAUCAUUUCACAAUUCAGUGGUAGUAGCAGCAGCAGCAGGAACGACAACAACCACAACACCACCAUCCUCUUUUAUGGAUAAUGAUGAUAUGCAUUCUCGUUUAUCUGUAAAUUCGUUUACUUCACAAACAUUGGAUCAUUGCAAUAAUAAUAAUAAUAAUGAUUUUAAUCAUCAUAACCAAACAUCUCUUAACAAUUCAAAUAUACUAAUGGAAUCAUUGAAUUCCGUGUCGAAAAAUUUUGCUAAUCUAGCCAAUUUUCCAAGUGCAUUUCAUAUACCCGAUACAACAACAACAUGUACAUCAACACAAUUAUUAAUAGAUCAGUCAAUAUCUAAACUAUGCCAUAAUAAUUCACAAACAACAAAUUUAAAUUUGCCAAAUUUUAUUCCAUCGUCGAAUUUCAUGAAUUUACCAAAUAAAUCAAAUUCGAAUAGUAGUAGUAGUUUAUCAUUUCAAUCAUUCAAUGAUAAUAGUAGCCAUGAUAAACAAUCCAUUUUAAAUUCAAUAAAUAAUCAUAAUCAUAUUAAUAAUCAUAAUCGUUCAAUAGAUUGUUUUAAUACUUCUUCACCACAAUGGAAUGCAUCAACUUGGUCAACAACAAUGCCUAAUUUAGGUUGUAAUUUCACUGAACUAACUCCGGCACAACUUGAUAUUUGUAUGAAAGCAGUUGUUCAAGGAAUUUGUUCCACUGUAGAACAAUGUAAUAAUAAUAAUAAUAAUACCACUACUAGUAGUACUAAUCAAGAGCUCAAUGAAUCUUUUCCUAUUCCAAUGGAUCCUGCAUAUCAACAAUCAGCAAUCGAUGAAACACAAUGGAAUGCUGCAUUGAAAAAUAAAACUUUAUCCAAUUUAACUGAAACACCAACAACUGACCGGACUUUGACUUCAUCACAAACAAAUGAAAUGGUCGCUAUGGAUUUAUCUUCACGUCCUCGUUCAGCCACACUGAUGAUUGAAUCAUUUUAG